AUGGAACUCACGCUCCAGAACGCCGAUGUUCUCUGGCUGGCUCAGCCACUUGAGAAGCAGACGGGGAUCUUACAUGGGCCACUAGCUUCUCAUUUGACUGUGGUGUUGCCAUCUGCAAAAGAUCAAGACGUGGAAGUGUCGUUACCCUGCAAUAUUUCCAUUCCUCCAGAAGAAUUAACGACUGAGAACAAGACGUCGCUGCUGGAUCAGCACGUGAAGUUUAAGCUUCUAGAUGGUGUCGAGAUAGUGGCAACGCAUGUGCUGAAACUACGUGGUUGUAUUCCUGUGCUCACGGAGGGAUCUGUCCAUUGGACGCAGUCAGUUUUGCACAAAGAUAUGAUGUGGAAUGUUGAGAUCUGUAUCUAUGUGAAGACAGACCGACGUCCACGUGCGUUGAUCUCCCGUGCGAUCGCAGUCAAGAAUGGUGCGAGAAACGUCGCGCAAAAGUUGUCGUUGAGCAAGAAAAAGCUAGUGGUUGGACUACUGCCAGCGGUCGUAAGCUGCGUCCUUGGUGCUUUGGGUACGUCUCCGAUUUGGCUCCCCCUGACUUUAUUGGUGGGCGUGAUGGGCUUCCCCAUUUGGUUCGUCGCUAGUGUUGCCAUGUCGCUAGUGACGGUGUUUGCUGCCAUUUCGGCGGUCUUGGCACUAAAGGUUGUACGCUCAGAACGUGUGAAGGGAGCGUGUCAGCACUUCUUGACCAGCCAACAGGGCCAGUUGCUGCUGUUCCAAGGAAUGCCCGGAGAAGAGGCCCUUUCGCCUUCGGUUCUAUCCGAACGUGCAAAGAAGUUUGUGCUGGAAAGUCCGUCUCGUAAGCUAGUGGCAAGUCUGGCCAUCGACUUUGUGGGGAAUGCAACGUUUGUGGUCCCUGUCUUUGGUGAGCUGGCGGAUAUUUUUUGGGCCCCCGUGUCAUCCAGAAUGGUGCACACGCUCUACAAAGAGUCGUCUCCGCAUGCCAGGUACCUUGGAUUUCUUGAGGAGGUGCUGCCUUUCACGGACAUUAUCCCCACUGCGACUCUAGCGUGGAUGAAGGAGAAUUUGAGCACGUCUGAGCUGAGAAAGAUGCUCACACUUACUAAAUCUCGCAAGCAAGAGUAA